UGACAGCAGCGCGCGCGUGUUGGUAAACAUUGCUGAAAGAAGAAACGCGUUUCUCGCAGUAAAAUUUCGCAAAACGUUCCGAUUGGGACAACAAAAUCCAAAAGUUGGUGUUUGUUCCGGCCGAAGGCAGCUGGACCCGCCAAUUCGCAACAGUGCAUGCAGGAUGUUCCACAUAAUCAAAACUGGCCAGCAGAAGAACGAGGUUCACUACGUGGAUUUUGGCUCGAAGAACGGCGGAGGAGAAACCAUUUCGCCCCCGCCGCUGCUGAUGCGACCAAAUGGACCGUUUGGGGGCGCGGCCGCCGUCAGCAAGCGCCACUUUGUCAAGGUGAACGAGGAGAUGUUUGUGCGGGAGGUUCGCAAGCGGCCGAUUCUGUACAACACGACGCUGAAGGAUUACAAGCGGUUCAGUACGCGGCACGAGGCUUGGGCCGAGGUGGCCGUUGCGAUGCGGCUGUCGGAGCAGGAGUGCAAGAAGCGGUGGCGGAGUAUGCGGGAUGCGUUUAUGAAGGUGGUUCGGAACAGGAAUGAGGAGGAGCGGAAGAGUUGGAUCCACUAUCGGUUGUUGGAGUUUUUGCUACCUUAUAUUGAGGGAGCUGUGGGGAGGAAGGGCGCGAAACGGUUGCGAUCGACGGAAUCGACUACGUCGCAAACGGUGGAUUAUAUCGAUGGGUACGUCGGGGAGGAUGAGGACACCGAGUAUGUGGAGCUGGAUGAGGACAUGGAGAUUUACGAGGGAAGUGGCCGGGAUCAAAUUACGGUGUCGUACGUGACCGAGGACGGCAAGGAAGUGUUUCAAAUGCUGCAAGACCCGGACACGAUCCCGGAAGGCGCUGUGAUAGGAAUCGAGGAAAGCGAAGUGGAGGACGAAAUCGACGAGGACGAGCACGAGCUGCUAAAUCUGGACAGUACCUGCGUACAGCAACAGCUUGGUGACCAACUUGUGAUGCCUCAUCAACUGCAAGAACACGACGAUAACUUCAUCUACGAAGACCGGAUAAACUCCGCCAUGCUGGACAUUCAAUCCUCGUACGAACCCGUCCCCGGUGAAUCCUUGGUCGAGCAAAUGAAACGGGAAGCGCUCUCCGACGGGGAAGGUUCCGAAAUUCAAGUCGAGGAAAUUGACAUGGAUCUGCUGCUUUCUUCAAAUCAUCAACCAGACAACAGCAUCUGUCCCCCAACGCCCCAGCAUCAACCAGAACCAAUAAUCGAAACAAUUCCACCUCCAAAUUUUGACCUCAGUCAACUCGAGAACUCAGAACCAGUCCAACCUCAGCUUCCGCCCGCAGUCAUCCCGCCGACCCCACCGGAAACGGUGACCUCAACCGGUCAGUCCACUCCACAACGAGUGGCAACACCUCAGCGAACGCAAACACCAGCCCCGGCGCCACCACCAGUGGCAGUGCCCGUAACGACACGAGAACCCCCCGACAGCAGCAGAUCGUCGUCGUCCUCUGGCUGUGCCGGCGAAUCCGACGAGCGGUUUUUGCUGUCCUGUGUGCCGAUCCUGCAGCGGCUGCCCAACAAGAAGAACCAGCUGGCGCGGCUUAAAAUUCAGCAGCUGCUGUUUGAGCUGGAGUACGACGAAAAGUACAGCAAGCUGCCAGUAAUUCUUUCAACAAACGUAAAUAAAAAAAAAAGUGUUUGGCUUCAGGUCGCAUUUUGCGGACGAUUCAACAUUUGCAUAAUUUUCUACAAAAUAAACCCAUUUUCCCGACAAAAUCCGUCUUUCUCCUGCCUCACCAUGGCAGCGCCGAACCAGCUGAGCCUUCGCUGCCGGCUGUGCCUGCAGCAGUCGGACCAGCUGGAGGACAUCUUCGGUCCCGCCGGCGACGGUGGCAGCUCCCUGCACAUGCGAAUCAUGGCCUCGGUUUCGCUGGAGAUUCACAGAUCGGACAACCUGCCGAAGGGGGUGUGUUCGGGGUGUCGUUACCAGCUGGAGAAAACGUACAUCUUCCGGAGUCGGUGCCGUAAUAACGACACCAGGUUGCGGAGACACGUGAAGCUGGUGGCCGCGGGGAAGGUCAGCAGAUUGCUGGAAGAGGCAGAGGAGGACGAGGACGAUGAGUUUGAGGCGAGUUUGGAGUACAUUAGAGGGGUGGAUGAACGGGAAAAGGAGCGAGAGAAGGCUCGGUGGGACGAGAAGGUAGCGACGUUUGAGGAGGAGUUUCGGGCCGUGGCGGAACUUCAGCGGAAUACUGUGUACAAUGAAGUUAGGAAUGAACUGUUGAGUAAGAGGGAUGAGGACCGUGUGGAGGUUGGGACGAUGACCGCCGAUGAGGAGGCGGAGAUUGAAGUUGAGAUUCCGGAAGAGAUGGAAGAGGAUGCUCCGGUUGAAGAGGAACCCGAGCCUGAACCGCUCAACAUUAAGAUCAUGGACUGUUACAGUGUUGCGGAACCGACCGUCAGCGAUCCGAAGAAAAAACUUCGCGAGCAAAUUCAGGCUCGGUUGGCAAAGCAGGACGAAGAACUGGUUCAAUACCUGGAAGAGGAACGAUUGGAGAACGAAUCGAUGGAAGUUCUGGACGAAGUGACGGCCGACCAAUUUAUCAUCACGGAAGUGUCCGACUCGGAAACGUACGUCGUAGACACGGACAAUCGUCUCCACGAAGAACAAGACAUGUACGGUUCCGACGACGAUUCGGACGAAGACCUCGAGGCGGUCACAAACGCUGUCAAGGCGGAACUUGCCGAGCGGCCGAACCUUACCGUGGACGAAAAUUGCGUCAUGAAGGUAGAGAAGACCCGGGAUCUCACAAAGGUGGAAGUUCGCGCCACGGACGGAUCGUUGAUCUGUAUGGAGUUCAGCCGGGAGCGGUCAUCGCCCACUCCGACCCCGAACAGCACCUUCCACAUGAAACUCGCCGGCCACGAGUACGUUUGCCCCAACUGCCCGCUGACGUUCAACAACGCCCGCGCGCUGGGAAUUCACACCUGCCUGGCGAAAGACGCCAAGCAGUACCCGUGCGACGUGUGCGGAAAGGUGUUCCCCACCAACCAGACACUCAAGCGACACUACCGGAUUCAUACAGGCGAAAAGCCCUUCUCCUGCAUGCUGUGCGACAAGUCGUUCACUCAGAAGGAAGUCCUCAAGCGGCACAUGGUCACGCACUCGGGUACGCGGCCGCACGCCUGCGAACACUGCGAGCGCCGCUUCAUCCAGAAGGACCAGCUGCGGCACCACAUUAACCGCUGUCACAGCGAAAACCCCGUCAUCACGCUGCACAAGUGUCACAUCUGCCACAAGACGUUCAAGCACGCGUCCGGGCUGAGUCGGCACACGGCCACCCACCUGGGUCGCACCUAUCCGUGUGGGGUGUGCAAGAAGGAGUUCAACGACAAGAGCGCUUUGAAGCGGCACGAGUACGCGCUGCACGGGCCGGAGGCGGGAAUGAAGAAGGGAGCGGCGGCGAACGCGACGGUGACUAAAGGGUGAAGAAGGAGAAGGAAAGUUGAAUGAAGUGGAAGGAAGAAGAUAAUAAACAUUGUGGUAUUAAAUAAAAAGUUUGUUU